AUGAACUUUCUUUCCAAGACGUUCAGCAGUUUCACUGGGACUUCAAUCCCCUAUACCACGAAGGAAAAGAUCAUAGAUCCUUCUGCACCAGGCUCUAUCAACUCUCGGGCUAUUUGGACAGUGUACAACGGAACCAACCCUAAGAACGACAAUGCUGCGGUUACCAUUUUCGAGUUCAACUUGAAGGACCCAGUGAACAUCCAAAGGGGACAUGACUUGUUGGCAAGAAACGCAUUCAAGAAACUGAAACUAAUCAAGUUGCCGGGGAUAAUCACCAUCAUUGAUUUCAUCGAGACUGAGACUCAAUUGUACAUUAUCACCGAACCUGUUCUUCCAUUGAUCACAUACUUGGGUAACCACUCCGAUGGGAUAUCAAGAGAUGCGAAAUUGUACGGAAUCUAUAAUUUGGCGCAUACCUUACUGUUCAUAAACAUGAAGGCCAAUUGUCUCCACGGGAAUAUUAAUCUUUUCAACUCAAUCUAUGUUAACCAGCUGGGAGAUUGGAAGGUUUUUGGAUUUGAGCUUUUGACAAACUUGACUUCCGACCCUGAACAACCAAUUUAUAGAUUUUCCAGAGCACUUCCAGGCUUCGACACUAGCACUGACAUGGAUGCUGUGAGACAAUUCCCAAUCAAAUUGGAUUCCUACUUGUUUGGAUUAUUUAUUUAUCAGGUGUUGGGUACAACUGACUUCAAUUUAUCUUCUCUCGAAUCAGCUGAUUUGACAAAGGUAAAUACUCAAAAAGUCCCAUCAUUCCUUCUCUCAUCUCUUAAGAAGUUGACAAACCCCAAUCCCUCUUCUAGAAUAACGAUUGAGAAGUUUGUCCAAGAGACAGAAUCAAAUUUCACUAGAAACAACAUGAUCAUAAGUUUUAAUCAGCAACUUGAAGAAAUUAAAUUCAAGAAUGACUCGGAAAAAUUGGAAUUUUUCAAGUUUGAACUAUCCAACUUUAUUCCAGAAAGUACAGGCUUAGAAAAUGGAAAUAUAUACCCCAAUGGAUUCUUAGAUUUCAAGUUACUUCCGGAAUUGACACUGCAAUUCAAUAAUUUGACUAAAGCUAAGCUGCAAACUCCAUUAUCUAGCCUUUCUCCAUUGGAUAUUCAACAAAGACAAGAAACCAUGUCAAUUAUUUUGAAUUACAUUCUCAAAUUCGGAGUGAACUUGUCAUCCUCGCAAUUCGACAAAAUGGUGAAACCGAUCAUUCUCGAAACUUUCAGUUUGAAUGAUAGGUCUAUCAGACUUGUAUUAUUAAAUCAUUUGCCCAACUUUGAGGUCUUUUUGACUGAGUCUGAAGUCCAGCUGAAGAUAUUUUACAGCUUGAUAACUGGUUUUCAAGAUACAAAUUUUAUGAUCAGAGAAACAACCUUAAAGUCAAUUACAAUCAUUAUUGACAAGGUUUCGGUCAAGCAAGUGAAUCAAGAUUUAUUGAAGAUUCUUGCGAAAUCACAAGUUGACCCUAAGCCUUCGAUAAGAGUGAAUACGUUGGUCUUGAUCAUAAAAAUCUCAGGCAAAAUUUACAAAGCAUCCAAGAACAGCGUAUUAAUUACUGCUUUGGCUAAGUCAUUAAGAGAUACGUUCACACCAUGCAAAAUGACGGCAUUGUCGGGGUUUGAGAGUUUGAUAGAAGAGUUCACAUUGGAAGAGAUCUGUAGUAAAGUUUUGGGUCAUUUAGCCAUUUCAUUGAUGGAUAAGAAGUCACUCAAAGUAAGAAAGAGAGCCAAAGAUAUUUUCCAGUUAUAUUUGGAUUCGGUUGAGAGGCAUGCUAAAACAUUGCCUGAAACUGAGGAUAAUGAUGAUUCUGAAGAGUUGGAAUUCUUCGAAAAGUAUGGACCAGUGGAAGCUAAACCUGCUGUUGAUGGACAAGAACCCACAAAUACUGGACUGUCUGAUGCAGGUACUUUUUCUUUUGGAUGGAACUUAAUGAGCAAGCUUUCCACGAGUGCAGUUGAAGGUCAAUUGAAUAAUGACUUUAAUUCAUCCACGCCGGAUCUUACCCGUAUUGGCACACCAAGCUCUGAACCACUUCAGGCAACUUUGAACAAGAAAGAAACACUGUGGGUAAAUGAUGAUCAAGCGCUUGAGGAUGAUGGAUGGGACCUUGAAGACGAUGGAUGGGGAGCAAAUGACGACCCAAUCGUGGAAGAUACCAAGAAAAUAAGCUUAGAUACACCAAUCAAGCAACCUUCAAAGAUGCUGACAACUGCAAACAAGGCUAAAAAGACGACUGGGUUGAAAUUGGGUGCCAAACCCACAAGGAAACCAGGCUCAACCUUGAAGCUUAAUUUGACUGUCGAGGACAACGACGACGACAGUUGGGGUGAUCAAUGGUGA